CCGCAAGAAACUAUUUCAUCUCUUGGCCACAAGCUUCCAGGCUCGAGACCAAAGGGAAAGUGAGGCCCUCCUCAUCUCCUGCUCUAGCAUAGCUGUCCCCCUUAGCUUGCUCCCCAAUAGGAGAAUCCACCUUCUUCCUCCUCCUCCUCCUCCCUUUCAAGUCAUUUCUCUCAGCAAGCUAGCUUCUUGAUCCAUCUUCUUUCCUUCUAUCCGAAUACUCCUUCACAGAUGUAUGCAUCUCUUCUUGAUCCAUACAUGCAUCUGUGUAUAAAUAACUAGGUAGUAGCUGUUUUGCACCCAUCUAGCUAGCACAGCCGUGGUGCCGGAAAGGAUUGAGAUAUAUGAGAUGCACCACACGAUCGAUGAGCUGUAGCUAGAGAGAGACGAUCGAUCGAGACAUGAGACGUACCACACGGUCGAGGUCAGCAGCAGCACGACGCCGCCGCCAUGGUCCCAACAACUAGGAACAUGUUGCACCAUGACGGCACGAGCAGCAGCAAGCCGUGCUACCACCCCGUCCAGUACUGCGUCGGCAUCGCCGCCCAAUUGGAGGCCUCGGCGGCGGCCGCGCGGCAAGACCACCGCAAGCCGUCAAGAUCCCCUCGGCUCGCCAUGGCCGACGACGAGCCUGCUGCGGCGGCCGGCACGAGCUCCCGGGGCGGCGCCGGCGCAGGAGACGACGGAGACUGGCUCCAGCUAGGCCUCGCCGCCGCGGCGUCGUCGUCCUCCGCCUCCUCCUCCGGCGACAACAACAGUGCGGAUCCGGCCCCGCCUCCCAUGGAGCUGGACUUGUUCACCUACGACAAGCGAAACGCGAGGAUGAGGCCGCCGUUGUUCCCGCUGCCCCUUAGGAGCUACCAUUCGUACGGGUGCGGACGGUAUCGAGCGGCGGCGGCGAGCGGGUCCUUGUCGGCGCCGUCGACCUUACCGUUUAUGCCUCCGUUCAGAACCUCCGGCGAUGCCAUAAGAGUCAUGAGCCCGCCGCGACGAACGGAGGCGGCCGCCGGGCUGUGGCUGAAACUUCAAGCAGCUCCCAACCAAGUUAGAGAGCCUAUUUUGCCGCAGAUACCAAGGAGCUACUUAAGAAUCAAGGACAGCAACAUGAAGGUGGAGGUGGUGAUGAAGUACUUGGCCGAGAAGCUAGGGCUCUCACAAUCAUCUCAUCAUCAGGAGGUGGAGCUGACAUGCAGAGGGCAGCUUCUUCCUCCCUCCUUGCUGCUGAAACACGUGAGGGAUAGCAUCUGGUGCUCGACGGCGCCGAGGGAAGGAGAGACGCCACUCGCCGAGCUGACGGCUUCUCGGCGCUCGCCGGCGGCGGCUACUACUGACCAUGUCAUGACACUCUGUUACCGCACAACUAGGAACAGCAAGCUAGUACUCAAUCUGUAAUUAAUUUAUUGGUCAAAGCUCUCUGGUUAUUCUUUUACCUACUUCCCCUGCUGAUCUGAUGAAAUCUGAUGGUUAACUGAUACCAUGCCUGAACGGUCCAGAUUAAUCAACAGGCCCGCCCAUCGUUUUUUUUCUU